UGAAAAAGGCAAUAAAAGGUCCAUGGACACAGACUUGUAGUUGUGACAAAACAAGCAGAUUAAAGAAGCAAACAUGCUUUUGUCAAAUUUAGCAGUUGUUAUAACAACCAGCUUUGUGCUUGUCCAAUGUCAUGAUUGCAAAGAUUAUGACUUAUCGGCAUCUGACCAGUCUUUGAUAGAUAUGAUGAAACAUUACCUCCAUACCUCUAGAAAAGAGCAAGGACUUUCAACAGGAAAACAGGGAGCCUCAGGUGUGACAUAUGUACGUUGGGGAAAGAAAGAAUGUACCAAACAAGUAGACAUUGUAUACACAGGGCAAGUUGGUGGUAACUAUUUUACAAACAAAGGAGGAGGUGUAAACUAUUUAUGCCUACCAAACGACCCAGAAAAUGGAGAACCAAUCAAAGGAGAUAAUGACCAGUUAUUUGGUGCCGAAUAUCAGAUUGCAUCAUCCUUCAGACCAUCGGGAAUGAAAGGUGAUAUGACUCAAAAAGAGGUGCCGUGUGCUGUUUGCUUCCAAAGAAAAAGAUCCACUGUUCUCAUGAUACCAGGGAGAAAAACCUGUUACAAGGGCUGGACAUUCGAGUACACCGGUUAUCUUAUGUCAGAUUAUAAGGAUUACAGUUACAAGGACUAUGCAUGUGUUGAUAAAGAUGCAGAGCCUGUGGACAAUAAAACUAGUGAUGAAAACGGAGCUUUAUUUUAUGGUAUCAGCACCAAAUGUGGCAGUUUGAGGUGUCCACCUUACAAAAAUGGAGUGUCUGUGAAAUGCGUUGUUUGUACAAAGUAA